CUAUGCCUUCAAAUUAAUCUUUUUUCAUUUUUUUGGGUGUAAAGAAAUUUUUGAGAAAUGGCUUUAGAUUUUAUAGGAAUUUCAAAAAUUAACGAACAAGUUGCUCUGCAAGAAGCAGCGUCGGCCGGGAUAAAAUCCAUGGAGCAAUUGAUCCGACUUGUUUCACAUCAGCAACAAAUGGACUGCAGAGAGCUGGCCGACUCUACCGUCUCCAAGUUUAAUAGAGCCAUGUCAAGUCUGAAUCGGACUGGUCACGCCCGGUUCAGGCGUGGACCGGUUAAUAAACCGCAGAAUUUGGGUUUUCAGUCCUCUCCGGUGCCUUCUACUUCUACUUCCUCUCAGUUUCAUCCUUGCCAGGACUUGAAUCUCUCUCCGGCUCCGGUUCUAGCACCGGAACCGGCGCCGGCGGGGGUUCCAUCUCUGGGGUUGACUUUUCAGCCACAGCAGAUGUUGACUCUUGAUUUUACCAAGCCAAACUUGGUGGCUCCGAUUUCGAAUCAAGUGGACCCGAAAGUGACGAACUGUGAGGUGGUUGCUAAGGACAGUUUUAGCAUAUCGCCGCCGAUGUCGACGUCAGUGAACUCCUCCUCGUUCAUGUCGUCCAUCACCGGCGAGGGAAGCGUGUCGAACGGUAAACAAGGUUCUUCGUCCAUGUUCUUAGCUCCUGCUCCAGCACUUUCUGCCGGAAAGCCGCCUAUCGCUGGCAAAAGGUGCCGUGAACAUGAUCGCCACUCCGACAGCGCCUCCGGCAAGACCUCCGGUUCCGGCAGAUGUCAUUGCAAGAAAAGGAAAUCCAGGGUUAAGACGAUUGUCAGAGUCCCGGCGAUUAGUUCAAAAAUCGCCGAUAUUCCACCUGACGAGUACUCGUGGAGAAAGUACGGUCAGAAGCCGAUCAAGGGCUCUCCCUUCCCACGGGGUUAUUACAAGUGUAGUACUGUGAGAGGAUGCCCAGCAAGAAAGCAUGUGGAGAGGGCGACUGAUGAUCCAACGAUGCUGGUUGUGACUUAUGAAGGGGAGCAUCGUCAUACGCAAGGCGCGAUGCAGGAGAAUAGUACCACUAGUGCUGGAAGUGGCGGCACUUUAGUGGUAUUCGAGUCAACUGGAUAUAAAGAACAGAGAGAUUAAAGAACUAAUAAAGCAAAAAGAGAAAGGGAAAGUUAGGAGGGAUCUUUUUGUAACUUCCGGGUAGUUGAGGGGUGUUUUAGCCAAAGAGGAAGUUAUAAGUAGGGUAGGUUUGGGAUGGUGGGACAUUAAUGUACAUGAUAGGAGAGAAAAGAGGUCUGAAAGGCUUGGUCUAAUUUUGACUAAUGUUUUAAAAGUUUGCUUAUGAUCUAUUUCAAUUUCAAUAUUCUUUUGUCAAA